AUGGAUAUCUCUGUUACACUUGUGUUCACGUAUAGCCCCAUCACGGUCCCAGAGAACAACACGGCCGACCUCCAGCUGGUGACCAUCGUCUCCGUUAGCGACGCGGCGCUGAGCAUCUCGGUGAACCCCGAAGAUCUGUUCUACCUGAAGGGGAACGCCCUGAUGGUGAAGAAGGGCCUGGACUACGAGUCGCUGCCCAGUGCAGCUCUGGUGGUCUGGGUGCAGUGCAGCAAGGUCGGCUUCAGCUCCGUGAACGAGUCUGUGGAGGUUCUGGUGGAAAACGAGAACGACAACCCUCCCAACUUUGCACAAAGCCACUACGUCCUGGAGGUGAACGAGCUCAUACCAGUGAACUCGAGUGUCGGACUGAUCGAAGCAUCGGACGUCGAUUCAGAGCCGCUGUUCUACCGCUUAGAGCCGGCCACAGAUAAAUAUUUCCGUCUGGAAAACAUCAACUCUCCAAAGAUAAUCGUGAAAAGCCUCCUGGACUACGACGUGGUGCAGAAGAUCUCUCUGGUGCUACACGUGCAGGAUACGCUGGACGGCUCGGCCUCCGACAAGCCCUUCUUCACCUCCGUAGCCUCCAUCACGGUGCAGGUGAAGGACGUGGAUAACCGGCCCCCGUGGUUCCAGCCUUGUCUAAGGACGAGCUCGGGAAACGCCAAACUGUGUGUGAGCACCGGCUACCGAGGCAAGGUCAACCUCACCGAGAAGGAGGACGGGCCCUUGGUGCUGGAUCCCGGUCCGGUGUUCGCCAAGGACGGAGACAAGAACCGGAGCGAGCAGAUCAGCUACCGGAUCCUCCGAGGAAAUGAGGGAAACAUCUUCCAGAUCGACGAGAAAACGGGAAACAUCUCGAUGGCGAAGGCCGCCAACAUCGCCGGCCCGAUCGCUCUCAUCGUCAUGGCGUCGCAGGUCACCAACAGGGAUCAGUUUGCGGUGACGCAGGUGACGGUGGAGGUGAUGAAGAAGAGCAGGAACCCUCCUCGCUUCGAGAGGGAGCGCUACGAAGGCUUCAUCUACAGCAACUCGGUCCCCGAGAGCAUGAUCCUCCGGGACCGCAGCACCAACCGGCCCUUCAGGGUCCGGGCGCGCGACGAGGACUUCGCCGCCGGUGCGAACCCAGACCUGAAGUACGAGGUCCAGUACAGCAGCUACGUCAACGUGACCUCGGACGGGUUCGUGAUCCUGAAGAGAGUCGUGAAGACGGAGUCCUUCGCGCUUCAGCUCCGAGCCGUGGACACGGCGACCGGAGAGUUCGGGACCGCGGCGCUUUCUGUUCAGGUCAUUCCAGCGGUCGCCGCCCCCUCCCCCUCCAGCAUCGGGUACCGGCCCGGCGACAUGGCGCUGCUGGGUCUGGUGAUGGCGGCGCUGCUGGUGCUCUGCCUCAUCGUCAUCGGCUUCCUGCUGUCCCGCCUGUGGAAGGGCAACGCCGGCGUGGACAAGAUCUGCGAGUGCCUGGGCCCGUGCCUGAAGUCGGACCAGCACCAGUCCGGCCACAGGGACUCGCUCCAGUACACCAACGACGGCUUCCAGACCGAGGCCGACCAGGCCCGGUGGGGCGGGCGGCGCCGGAACAACACCUACCCCCAGGCGGGGGGGCGGGUCAUCCCCAUGGAGAGGCGGAGCCGCCACUGCUCCUCCUGCGGCGUCCACACCAACCACACGGGGAGCCCCUCCAGGAGGACCCGGGGGGGCGGAGCCGCCGCCGCCGACGAGGAGUACGCCAAGCGGGCGCUCCGGGCCAAGCAGAGGAGGAAGGAGGGCCAGAAGGCCGUCUGGUUCAAGGAGAUCGGCGACUCCUCCGACAUCGAGGUGGAGAUCAUCCCGGACGCCGCGCGCCCCGUGGAGGAGGAGACGGAGGAGCUGGAGGCGGAGGGCGGGGGCGCCGUCAGGGACCCGGCGGCCCCGGUGAGGGAGGAGAGCCAGAGCGCGGCGGGGGGGGGCGGCGAGGAGGAGGAGGAGACAGGGAAGGGAGGCCAGGAGGCCUGA